AUGGCGCGCCUUGAUACGUGCAAAAUGAGCACAAAACGCACUGCAAAUGCAAGAAAGGCUGCUCACUGUUCUAAGGGUCCCUUUCCGGUAUUUAUGAGCCUCAAAAGCAAGUCUCAAGCUGCAAAUAAUACGAAUCUGAAGGAAGACAGAGAAGGAGGGAUGCUGUUCCGCCACCAGUGGCGACAACGAACACGCGUUGGCGGACAAUAA